AGCUGGAGUGAGGCCCGUGUGUGUGUGUGUGUGUGAACGUGGGAUGGUGUCAGGGCAGCAAAGAUGGCGGCCUCUGCGCUCCGCCGCGGCUUGUGGAGCACCGUCAGUAAGUACAACAGGAAGCACGGCCACAGAAUACUGAGCGUGGCGGACAGCAGCGGCGGCGGCUUCGAGGCGUUCAGACAGCGGCCACAGUGUCGGAGCUGCGGGCUGAGCGGAGGAGCUCCGCCGCAGAGGAGGUUCAUGUCGUCACGGAACAGGCCUGAGGGGAAGAUUUUGGAAACAGUCGGAGUGUUUGAGGCUGUCAAACAACAUGGCAAAUACGAAACAGGACAACUGUUUCUCCACAGCGUGUUUGGCUACAGAGGCAUCGUCUUGUUUCCCUGGCAUGCCCGACUCUACGACAGAGACAUCACCCCUCCCAUGUCUGACAGCAAACCUGAUCCACCAGGAGGCCACGGUUCCAAAGAGGUGAAGGGGAAGACUCAUACCUAUUACCAAGUCUUGAUUGACACCAGGGACUGUCCUCACAUAUCUCAGAGGUCUCAGACAGAGGCAGUAACGUUUCUGGCGAACCAUGACGACAGCAGAGCCCUGUACGCCAUCCCAGGUCUGGACUAUGUGAGCCAUGAAGACAUCCUGCCCUACAACUCUGCAGAGCACGUCCCCAUCCAGCACGAGCUGUUUGAGCGCUUCCUCAUGUACAACCCAACAAAAUCUCCUCCAUUCGCAGCCAGAGACACCCUGAAGGCGUGGCAGGAGAAGAACCAUCCCUGGCUGGAGCUCUCAGACGUCCACAGGGAAACCACUGAGAACAUCCGAGUCACUGUCAUCCCCUUCUACAUGGGCAUGAGGGAGGCCCAGAACUCUCAUGUUUACUGGUGGAGAUACUGUAUCCGUCUGGAGAACAUGGGCAGUGAGGUGGUUCAGCUGAGAGAGAGGCACUGGAGGAUCUUCAGCCUGUCAGGAACUCUGGAGACGGUCCGAGGACGAGGAGUCGUGGGCAGGGAGCCAGUGUUGUCCAAAGAGCAGCCGGCCUUUCAGUACAGCAGCCACGUGUCUCUACAAGCCCCCAGUGGUCAUAUGUGGGGGACGUUUCGUAUUGAAAGGACUGAUGGCUCCCACUUUGAUGUUCGCAUUCCUCCUUUCUCCCUGGAGAGCAACAAAGAUGACAAAGCGCCCCCCGCUGGCUACACAUUCUAACUGCGAGUGGUCGAGGACCAGACACGCCGUUAGUCCUGGACACGCCUGGGUUUUCUAGAAUUGUCCUCCCUCUGUAACAUUGCCUCAGCCUUCAGCGUCAGCCUAGCGGGAGUCAGGUUAUGCAAAUGGAACUAAAACAUUUUCUCAGCCCACCUUGCCCCUUUUCUGUCUGAGUGCACCCAACAGCAGUAUAACGUUUAUUAAAUCGUAUAUAGAGUAGAAAAUGGAUGCGCCUUCACUCUGUGAUGUGUUUGAAGACGUGCACAGUGUAGUGGAUGGGAAGUGGGAGACAGGGAGGAAGAGUUAGGGCUGGAUACCUCACAUCCACCAGAAAGCAGUUUUUGAGGCGGCCCUCGAUAAUCCCAUCUGCCCCACCACACUUUCAUAAUGACCCGAAGUUGUUUUUUGUUUUUUUUAACCCUUCAUAUCAUAAAAUCAAAGGUCGCUAACUUUGUGUUUUAUGCCAUCGCUCUAUAGUAGAACUGUUUUCAGAGCUCUUUGCCCGGCUCUCUCUUUCUCACAGUCAGAUCAGCAGGGCGUGUGAAAUCCUGCCAUGUUGGUAGCCAUCAAGUAAAUCCAUCUAAGUUCUGGCUGUCCUCAGGCUUUGCAUAACAUUCCGCUUUAGCUGUGUUGUUCUUUCCACAGCCAUCCAGUUCUCAGUGGGCAGGCAGACCUCCACAUACCCUUUAUGUAUCUCGCUGAUGUGCAGGAGCGUUUACUGCAUACAGAUGUUCAGUUGGCUAUCACAAUAAUCUCCCGCCCUGCAGCUACCACCACUGUUGUAAACAAGCAUCCCUGAAGUUACAUGUUAAAAACACAUCCUUCCAUAGAUGUUGAGAUUUAUGAAAACAUUACAUGACUUUUGUCCUGGACCCCGUUUUCCUGUCAUGCUUUCUCAGCAUAAAACUAUACCAUCACACAUUAGACUUAUUUGGGACACUCACGAGGGGGACACCUGAAUUCAGGAACAGUUACAGUGCAGAGGCGUUUAUGUCUGACAACACUGAAGCACAGUGGAUUAAGUUAGGAUUUGUUUGAACAGAAAAAGAUUCUUAAAUGUCAAAUUAAAUAGCUAGAAUGUUCAAUGCAUGACACCUUGAGUCUGUGUACAGAGGUUUGUUUGUGAUUUGUGGUUUUAUUUUGAAGCCUUCCAGGACCUGCUGUAAAGUAGCAUCUCUAUGCUGCCACCAACAGGCUUGAUGCUGUAAACACGUCUUAAUGGGUCAAUGGCACAGAUGGAAAUAUUCUCAUGUUAGCUACCAGUGAGCAUUCUCCUCAGAGGAAAGCUUCAGAUGGGAUUGAGGGCUGAUGAGUUUAUUCAAUUAUAGUUCAAUGACUUUGAACGUUAGCUGUUGUGAGACACCCAUGUUUUUUUUUUCUUCAGCUCAAAGUUGGGUAUCAAUCAUUGUCAUGUUUUAGAAAAAAUAGUGUGUCACAGAUAAAGUAGUUAAAACACGAUUGAUUCAUUUUAUAUUUGUCCUUAAUUUAGAUUUACACAUCUGGUUCAUCUUUGACAUUUAAGUCCUAUUUUGUUUUUUCCAGUGCUCCUAACUAAACCCAGUGAUUCAGUGGUGAGUCAAAAAAUUGAAGGAAGGCUGAAAACAUCAGGCCAAAGAGUGGAAGUCAGGUUUUCAUUUUCUUUAAAUAGCAAAACACCACACCAUAAAGUAAUUAAGGCGAGCAGUGGGCAGCCAGUGUUGUGGUUAACUGGAGAAGUGAGUGUGUGACAUGUAUAUCUUCCUCUCUGCUGUCUGCUCCUUUGUAAAAACCUGAAUGUCUUUCGUUGGGGCUGAUUGUUUGACUUUGCAAGCUCUGUGACGAGAGAAGUAAUGAGCCUGAAAAUCCUCACCAGAAGAGUGAGAACACAAAAUAAUGUUUUGAUAAGUGAUUUGAAGCAACUUAAAUGGUUGAAAUACAACUGUAAAUAGAGAUGUAAUUAAAGGCUACACAAAUAAAUAUACCUUUUGAAAAGUA